AUGCAAGAUUCUUCGAGGCCAGGAUCAAUUCCUCCAGCUCUGAAGCCCGGGGGAACCAUCGCAUUCAUCUCGCCGUCCGCCCGCCUCAAUACGAGGCUACCUGCUGCCAUAUCUCGCGCGAGAUCGGUUCUACUCGCACGAGGGUAUAAAACCCGUGUCUUUUUCAAGGAGGAUUCGGACCUGAGCUCCUCCGUAACCAAUAGGCUCGCAGAGAUUCGUGACGCCUUUUUUGACGCUGAGGUUUCCGCCGUUAUUUGCACUAUAGGCGGGGGAACUUUCACCGAGCUUCUACCAUCCUUAUGUAGCGAUAAAGAACUAUGUGCCCACAUUCGGAAGCACCCCAAGAUUGUGGUCGGGUCCUCUGAUAUGACUGGACUGCACUGGUUCUUGAACGCGCAUGCCAAACUACAAACGUUUUAUGGGCCCAGCGCCAUCCCGGAGCUUGGAGCAAAUGGUGACAUCGCUAAGAAGACUUCCCCUCUUGCGUUUUGCGUUCAAUAUCUGCUCGAAGCAAUUGCAACGCCGAAACCGCUCGGUGAUAUGCCGCGCUCGCUCUUCUAUGCUCCCGAGGCUCCCGCCUAUUUUGCUGAUCCUAACUCCGUCAAAGAGCAAGCCGUUGUUUCAACACCUGGAUGGCGAUGGCUACGCAAUGGAAAAGCACAGGGUCGUCUUUUCGGCGGGUGUCUGACGGUUGUAGUACGGUUGAAUGGAAUGAGUGACAUAAGACCAGAUUGGGAAGACCGCAUCAUAUUCCUCGAGACUUCUAUGGGCGAAGAAAGCAGAGACCUGGACGUUGUGCGGACCGCGUUUGCUGACUUAAUUGCCCAGGGCGUCUUUGAGAAGCCUGCAGGACUGGUGCUUGGGCGUCCCUUUGGAUAUGACUCCGAUGAACGAAGGAAGGAGUUCGAAAACGUUUUCUGGGAGGGCCUAUGCCUCAUUCCGAGCCAGGACUUCCCCGUUCUUUGCAACGUGGAUUUUGGUCAUACCACACCAAUGGUAACGCUGCCAUAUUACGCAAUGGCCGAGCUUGAUUCGGAAAAUAAUCGGUUCGCCAUUUUAGAGGCUGGAGUAGCAUGA